UCCGCGUUGAGUGCCGCCUGCGGUGCUCGGGUUCCUCCUCCGUGUUGCUUGCUGGAUGGGAGAUGGGCUGAGGCGGAGAAGGGCGACCCCCAGCAACAGCCAGUCGGCAACAGAGGCCACACACUGCGGCUAGGAGUUCUUGUUUGCCCUCCGUCCUCCUCAGCUUUUUCGGCCCGGGCAGGCCAGGGAAUGUCCCGGCGGCGCCAUGCCUUACGUGGACCGGCAGAACCGCAUCUGUGGCUUCUUGGACAUCGAGGAGCACGAGAGCAGCGGCAAGUUCCUGCGCCGCUACUUCAUCUUGGACACGCAACAGGGCAGCUUGGUCUGGUUCAUGGACAACCCGCAGAACCUUCCGGUCGGCGCGGAUUGCGUCGGCUCCCUGAAGCUGACUUACAUUUCAAAGGUCAGCGAUGCCACUAAGUUGAGGCCAAAGGCAGAGUUCUGUUUUGUCAUCAAUGCUGGGAUGAGGAAGAUCUUCCUGCAGGCCAACGAUCAGCAGGACCUGGUGGACUGGGUCAACGCGCUCAAUAAAGCCACCAAGAUCACGGUUCCCAAACCCUCAGACGGUCAGCAGAAUUCCGAGAACAACAAGUCUUUGCUGGAUGCCGUGGGACCCAAGAAACAAGUGUCGUAUAAAACGGAGAUCAUAGGAGGGGUUCCCAUCGUCACCCAGACGCAGCAUGAAGGUGGCGACGGGGCCGAACGAGCAGAACGUGAGGCCAUGCAGCGCUCGCACAGCCAGUUGCCCUACUUCCUGGGCAGGCCCACCCAGGACCACACGGUCAUCAAGUCGGGCUACUGCGUCAAGCAAGGCGCCGUGAUGAGGAACUGGAAACGGCGAUAUUUUCUCUUGGAGGAAAACUCCAUGAGCUACUUCAAGUCCGAUCUGGAGAAAGAGCCGCUCAGGAUGAUCCCGCUGAAGGAGGUUCACAAAGUGCAGGAGUGCAAACAGAGUGACAUUAUGAUGCGCGACAAUCUGUUCGAGGUAGUCACCACGUCCAGGACAUUUUACAUACAGGCCGACAGUCCUGAGGAGAUGCACAGCUGGAUCAAGGCCGUCUCGGGGGCCAUCGUGGCCCAGCGGGGACCCGGGAGGUCCGCUGCUACAAUGCGGCAGGCCAGACGGCUGUCGAACCCCUGUAUACAGAGGUAUACGUCUCGAAUUGGGGAGUGCAGCAGCACGAGCACAGUGGCCGCUCCACAUUCUACCGCAGCACCGCGGGCCCCCCCGUCCCUCGCUCGCCCGUAUCCGCCGCGCCACCAAGCCAGCCCGAUUGGGGUGACGCCGACGCCGGCGCGUGCGGUCCACGCUCGCAGCCUGGCGUGGGACAGCGAGCACUUCAUGAGCCUGCUGCCCCGGCCCGCUCACAGCCGCACGCCGGCCCGCCUCUCCCUGCAGGAGACCCGCCUGGCAAAGUGAGCCCGUGCGGCGAGGAGUCGCCGUGGCGCCGGCGGAGCGCCAUGGAGCCACACGUGACCGAGCCGCCCUUGGACCUGGACGACGCCGAAUUGCCGGUGAGCGAGGUCUGAGCAGGAUUUUCCAAACGGCUGACCCAACAAGGAAGCUUUUCUGUGGAGACGAGGUGGCCGUCGCUGAACUUUUAAGCUCCUCCCUUUCCGGUGCUGUCCGUGCUCACACACACACACAUGCACACACACACACACUCAAAUGUUGGGUAAUCCUCUGAACUUGUGUGCCAAAGAUGACCCAGUCUUCACCCGCAGUCAAUCUGCUCAUCUCUUUACUGUGGCAUAUUUAUUUGGCAAGCUAAAUGAAUUAUGGAGUCUUUUCACGGUGAUGUCAGACCACUUUAGCUCAGUCUUUUCCUGAACUUACCUUCAUACCUAAGAUUUCUUUUCUUUCACUUAAUCACACAAAAAACGGACUGUUUGUCUAGUAUGUUUUUUAAUAAUGGGGAGGGGGCUAUUCAACCUACAAUUUUUUUAAUCUGGCCUACCAAGCUAUAAUAUUUAUUAAACAAUUAUCUUAUUGAUUAACUUAUACAUGUUAUUUUUUAAAUCAUUUAUGAAAUGUCAUAAUUGAUUAGUUAUUAAUUGUAAAUAAAAACAAGUAAAAUAACUAAUCAUUUUAAUUUUAUGUCUCUCAUGGGGGAAAAAAAAAAAAAGGUUCCAAAGUGGUCCGGCGUCAUUGUCAAAAGAGGUCUUGGUAUCUUUAAGGUUUUGGAGACUGCAUUUAGCUUCACACGGACGUGCCGCUUUGACCACUAAGUGCCAAGAAUAAAAGGGAGCAUUUAGGGAUCACAAAAAAACAAGAGGACUCAACCUGUCUCUCUAAUGGACUGAGGAUGAAUAAGCUGUGUGGUUCGUACACUCUCUUAACACUGGAUUGAACCCAGGUUUCGUUUUACCAGUGUCACUCUUAAGCUCGCUGUUUUGAUUUGUUAAGCAGAGAUCCCGGACUGUUUUUGGGACUACCUGCAACUCUGCCUAAUUGUAUAAUUGCUUAAGUCAUUUUUGGGCGUUUGUCAGAAAAUAAGGAAGUAAAAAUGGUGAUAGAUUACCAUAACCUGCAUCACUACACAUGCGUUGAGAAAAGAAA